UGCGUUUUAACAUGAAUAUUUCACGAUUUGUUUUUCAGUAACAUCACGUACACAGCAUCGACUUGCUAGCUCUGUGUGUUUCCUUGUAUGCACUUGAUUGAAAACGUCAAAGUGUUUGCUUGCAAGGACCACCCGCAUGGUCCACAACAAAAGAUGAACUUUAUUACAACAUAGUAGCUGUCCACGUCUUGACAACUAAAUGAGGAUAACUUUCUUGCAGUGUUCCAACGUGAAUGGCAGAUAAGAAGAACUAGAGUUAAUUAGUUUCUCAACAAAAGAAUGUAACCUAGACGGCCUCCGUCAGGCUGACUGGCAUAGUUUCGUUUUUGGGAUCCCCGAGAUAACUUUCUUCGCGGAGUCGUCUUCGUAGAUUUGAUUAAAUCGAAGUUAGAUCUAUAAGUCUAUACAGUCUAAUGAUGAACUUUUUUAUUGUAAUAUUUCAAAACCUCACUCUUAUAUCCGCAGGAAACGAUCUUUAAGAUCAACUUGUGGUUUUUGUCCGAUGGCACAAAUUAAUCCUAGUUUUAAGCAACUGUUUUACUGCAUCUACACGCUUCCUAUUUUCUUCUUGUCAUUUGUAACGACUAAGAUGCCUGUAAAGAUUGAUUAAGUGAUGUGCCUUUCACCAAAUCACCAAAUCACCAAAGCACCCGUUUUCUCUGACCUCAUUUUCUCUAAGAUUGGUUGACUUCUAAGGCCUAUCAUAUCACGGGUUUGGUUCGUUAUCUUCCUGGGUCGAUGGCCUCAAUCAGCUAUUUGUCUUACUUGACUAAUCUGAUUCUUCACGAUGUUCAAUUCAUGCAUAUGUAUUGUCUAAAACGACUUGUCUGAACAGUGUAAUGGACCCUAUUUUAGUCCACGAUAACAGAAAAUAUUUCGCAUGCCAUUCCAGGAACAGCCUGUAAAGAGGAAAGACAUUACGAAUGUGAUAAAAAUUCAACAUAUGGUGACCACGAUGAAAGAUGAAAUAUGGAGUCUAAGAUAAUAAAAACGAAUAAAUUCGUCGAAUACGUCGAACCGCUUUUAAAUAUUGUUGUUUUUAACGUUUCGGACGAGACUUUUUUUUUUUAUCAAAUAACUAUACACGGGUUUAUGUCGUCUGUGCGGUUUCACAUCGUCACACCUCCAAAUUUGUUAGGCGACUCGGCACUCAGCCCGAAGCCUGUAAUUGAACCGUGUCUACGCGAGGUUUAAAACUAAUAGAACUAUAGUUACAUAUCAAUAGUUUUGUAUUAUCUAUGAUGUAUACCUCUAAAGGAACAGCAAAGCCGGCACUAAGCCUAAAGCCUGUAAGGGAACCGCUUAACGGAGUCUGAUUGCUACGCGAGGUUUAAAACUAAUAGAAGUAUAGUUUCAUAUCAAUAGUUUUGCAUUAUCUAUCAUGUACGACCCUGAAGGAACAGCAAAGCCGGCAUUUAGCCUGAAGCCUGUAACUGAAUCGCGCAUCGGAGAGUCUUUGCUACGCGAGGUUUAAAACUAAUAGAAGAAAAGUUUCAAAUCAUUAGUUUUGUAUUAUCUAUCAUGUAUGACUCUGAAGGAUCCAUGGGGUCCAGCAAACAUCGAAGAUGGCCCCCACGAAGGAAUUUGCAACGUGCUUCAAUAAGUGCCUAGACUACAUAAAAGAAUCAAUUUAACGUGCAAAUUGCAAACAACUCUCCUCAAUCAGGCCAAAUUUUAUUUUCGCACAUUCAACCACUCACUAAUCCAUUAAUCUCAGAACUCGGGGAUUUUACGAAUCACUAAUGUAAUGUCAAGGGAUCUUUUCGAAAACCAUAAAACACACUGAUUUGUUUUGAUUUUAACCUUAAAAGACGUUUCGAUGACAAUAUCUGCUUCUUGUCAUGAUGAGGCGCCAAAUUGUUUUCCUUGUGUGCCCGGGUCAAAAUGUUAGUCCUGCCCACCAUUUAAACUAGAAAAGGCAAAGACAAGGGGCGUAACUUGAUGAAGACAAAGUGAGAGUAAUUGCUCAUAAUAAUUGCGAGUUUAGCCGUUGAUUUUUUUUCUGAAAGUUUCUCAUGACCCAAAAGAAGCAUUUCAAACACUAUUACAACCCCGUUUUGUAGAAAAAAGGCUUUCAGACGUGAAAAACGAUUCCGUGAUGUUGCCAAUCGUUGGUAGAAUCACCGUCAUUUCAAUACUGACCACUUGUCAGAAACGAUAGCAGAUGACGCCAAAGAGCUGUCCUCAUGACCUUUGGAGAUGAAGCUGAGAUUUAGAUUAACAACGGAGAACAAGGUAACGAAAACAAUGAAACAUUUGAGUAAACUUCAUGUCUCUCGACGUACCUCGAAAUCAACAAACAGGCAGAGAGUACUAGUACAUCUUUGCCACUUUUAACUUAAAGAUUUCUUCCGAGUGCCUCUUUGGGAUGUGUGAUAAAAUCAGUGAAGAGAAACCAUGUGACAGAAGGGAAGGUUAUACAUGAACUGUUCAAGGUCAAAGAAACGUCUUUGUCACUUUUGAUCGUAAUCCCCAAACAGGUAUUCAAAACAUUUAUGUUUCACUGUAGCAAGCAUGGAUGUUUGUUGAGGUCACUGUAGCUGUUUCCUGUGUUUUCAACUGUGGAAGAUAUGGUGAUGCCUACCGUCAUUUUUAAACAUUCUGUCAGAGAAUGACAAAGGUGCCAGAGGCAAGCUUUAAUUAUAAGAUCUGUCACUAUUGGGAACAAUCACGGCACCUAUGGCCCUUAAAAACCCAAACCUGAAGAACGUACAUGACUCCUUUAUUGUCAAAAAAGCGUGCGAGAGUCCUUGAAACGCAAGACCACCCCUACAGUUCAUUAAAUAGUAAUCACAGAAAUGGUGGGAGGUUGAGAUACAAAAAAUUCUCACAACUACUCAGUAGUGGUCGGUGUUUUCAACCUUUUGGCGGUACUCCCAUUCAAACUCGUGCCAAACAUUUUGAGAUUAACCCUGACCAAAACAAAUUUGUCGAGAACAGGACUUAACCGAUUUAACAUAUCUCCUUGAAAUAUCGUCUCCGAAUCAAAACAAGUUGAGAUUCCGUGCACUGAAGUAGCUGUCAACAACCAAGGAAUUAGAGAAGUCGAAAUCUGUUAAAACCUUUUAAGUUUCGAUUUUGUUUUUGGAUUUUAAGACGACGUGAAAGGGAAGAGAUUGCUAUUCGACUUUGUUGUGACAGCAGUAUUUUAAAGUUUCACCCGUCGAGAUAAAACAAAGGAACCUAUUUUAAUUUUGGCAAGAAAAACAUCCAUCAAUCAAUCUAAUUUCUGAAGCUUUUUAUAGGAAGACACAGUUGUCAAGCUUGUCGAUUCUAGUUAUUAGCAAUUCAAAAUCAUUGAUCCUUUAAUUCACGAAAGAAAACCCCAUCCUAGCUCACUGAGGCAACAAGGCUAACACACUAAACACCUACACUGUUAUUUGAAAAAGGCUUACUAUUUUUGAACAAUUCAGAAGAACACAGAGAGAAAUUGAUUUCUAAACGGUUAAUUGCUCAAGAGCUAAUCCAGUUAACUGUAUUUAAUAAACAAUUCGCGAGCUCCGCCAUUGAACAAUACCUUUCCCGCCUCCCUUUACCGAGUUAAUUCAAUGUUUUGAGAGGCGUGAGGGAAAAUGGCAUUAGGGGACGGGAAGUGGUCAGGGAUCGUUCAAUUACACCACAAAAGCUAAACGAACGCACGAUUGGCAGCUCUCUAAAUGGGAUUAAGGCUUUAAUUGGGAUACGCUGUUAACGAGCAGCAAGUCACCGAAAAGAAAAGGCCAAGUUAAAGUGAAUCGUUUUAAGCCCUAUAAAGUCUUUUGCUUUGUCUAAAAGAUUUCAAUGGCUAUCAUUUUAAUUAACGUACAUGUCAAAGAGGUGACAUCUUUUUAUCACCCUAAAUAAAUUCUCCUCAAACAGUGAAUAAUAACAUGUGUUCUAUGUCAAUUCAGGCGAGUCAUACAUGACGUGUCUCAAGCUUGCUCAUUAACCAACCCACACAUUCCUACCUACCCUUUGAUCUGUAUACAGUCAAUAGGCCAGCAGCCAUCUUGAGCACCGUCCGUCGGGACUCGCGUUAUGUCUUCUUUUUCCGUGAAGAACAUCCUUAGUCUCCCGGAAUCGUGCCUCCAAAGCUGCUCCAGCGCUACUCCAAGGGUUCCUAAUAUUUGCCAAGGUGUUAAUCUCUCUCCCGAUCGAUCUACAGGAUCUAAUUGCAUAAUAACUACGAUGCCACCAUCGGGCCAAAGCCAAGACAACACUUCGGGUGCUCGACCACAUCCUGAGUUGAACGAGCAGUGCAGCAGUGCCGAUGUGUUACAGCAAGGUCCAAAAAUCAACCGAGAUGAAUCCAGUGAAGCUCCUAAGAAACGAAAACGCCGGGUUCUCUUCACCAAACAGCAAAUCUACGAGCUGGAGAGACGAUUCAGAUAUCAACGGUACUUGUCAGCUCCGGAAAGAGAGCAGCUCGGGCGAAUGAUAAACCUGACGCCAACGCAAGUCAAAAUAUGGUUCCAGAAUCACCGAUACAAGCAAAAGAAACAAGCCACCGAAGCUGGAGAGUUCAAAGACUCACAUUCGCUCUAUCCAAGAACUGUGCCGGUGCCGGUUUUAAUCCGCGAAGGUCAGCCAUGUUAUUCAAGCGAUUAUAGCAACUCGGUGGGGAAUUACUUCUCCAACCAGUACCCACCGACUUAUGACUACACAAACUCCUAUGGAAACUCGUAUUCCUACACGGCUCCCAUCUCAUCGAUGAACUCGUCUUGCAUGCAAGCUUAUUCAUACUGUAAAUGGUAAAAGAGUUGCCGUGCUCUUAAAACUGUGGAGGAAUCAUUUCACAAUUCAGUAACUGUUCAUGGUCUUGUUUUGACCGUUUAUGAGGUGACAACCACGGCCAAGAGAGACUAUUGAAACUGUCUGUCAGUUGAGGAGACCCAGCAAAUUGCUCUUUCUCCCUGAGGUGCAUUUUCUGUAGUUGUAAUAAGAGAACGUGUAAAAUAUCACCAACAACCUAAAUUAACUUCGAGAGUAGAAAAUUGUAAAUUUGUUCCACAGGUUGAACACCACAGUCGUAUCACUUCCAUCAAGUAAUAAAUGCUACACUUUCAAAUUCAAGUCGGGUAAAUCGAAAAAAUCUACACUAAGUCGAAGAACAAAAAAAAAUCAGAUUUACUUUUCUUUUCUGGUAAUAUCUUGACCUUUUUACAUGCAAGGAGUAUGAAAGUGACAUUUUAAUUUUGCCAUUGAUGUAUUCAUCGAAGCGUUUUAGAGGUCCCCUUUGAGUUACCCCUAAAAAGCUAGCGUACAUUUCGCUCGAUCAGGCCGUGAUUCUAGCCAUUGACAAAUAUGAAACAGCUAAGUUAAGAUAGACAGCCCCAGUCGAAUUACAGUUAAACAAUGAAAAACUAGUCGAAUAGAAUACUGUCCCAAAUUUUUUGCGAUGAAAAGACAACCUGUUCUAAUGAAUGAUGAAUAUCAUAGGGCGUGUUUGCUUCAUCGACCUUCAUUUCAAACAGACAUCUCGCACCACCUUUUGCCUUGUGGUUAGAUAGAGAAAGCCGUUCAAAGUAUUAAUUCGCUUUUUCUUUUGAAAAAAGACAGCACAUCCCUUUAUCAUUUGAAAUAGGAAACAAACAUUUAAGCCACAUUAAUAUUUCAGGGAAAUAUAGAAUUUCAUAACACUGUUGAUGAAGUUAAUUAUGAAGUGAUUCGGACGCUUAGAGAGAAUUUCUGGUCGAAGUAUGAUUAAUGCAGUGACAUUUGACUCUAUGUUUGUCUUAUUUGCCCCAAAGUUAAAAACUCGUCAGAAAAGUAAAACCCAGUCAGCUAACCAAAAUUGCGAAGACAUGAUACACAAUCCCUCGCAGUAAACGGUUUUCUAUGGUUGCCUUUCGAAACGCGUAGACAAUGCAUGACAUGGAAUUAAAGACAAAUUGUAGAAAUAUUUUGUCCUGUUCCUUUGCUGCCGAAGUUGUAAUUUAUUUUACGUUAAAAGCUCAUAAGAGAAACAUAAUUUAGCAGGCACUUUUGCCGAUAGAAUCGCGACGAGACAGGGCAAACAGUUUAGAUGUAAGUACCUUCGCGUCUUUGUACUAGGUAAGGUAGCGUUGGCUCUCCUGUUAAUAUGAUCCGAUGUACAUAUAUUUGCAUCCAUGUCAGUAAUAUUACUUUAGAUUGAAAUGAGAAGUCCACAAUAAAAAUUCAUCUGUAAGAAUGUAA